GCUUCGUGCUAGAAUAGGAUAGCUCUUGACGUUCUCUACUUCCGUGUCACCGAAUCGAUCUGUCACCAAAAUGACCAAAAAGAGGCGUAAUGGAGGACGUUGCAAGCACAACCGCGGACAUGUGAAGGCGGUCCGUUGCACCAACUGUGCCCGUUGCGUGCCGAAGGAUAAGGCGAUCAAGAAGUUCGUCAUUCGCAACAUCGUUGAGGCCGCGGCUGUCCGGGACAUCUCCGACGCUUCGGUAUACAGCUCAUACGUAUUGCCUAAGUUGUAUGCCAAGUUGCACUACUGCGUGUCGUGCGCCAUCCACUCGAAGGUUGUCCGUAACCGUUCGAAGGAGGCCCGUCGUAUCCGUACGCCACCGCAGCGAUCCUUCCCGAAGGACAUGAACCGCCAGCAGAACGCGCAGCGAAAGUAAGCAACCGUCUGCUGCGGGACUUGCUCUGUCGCCUGUCGUUUUCGCAACACCAUCCGAUCGACGAUGGAAGGCCAGGUCGUGCGUAAUUCGAUAACGGUGGGAUUGUUUCAUCGGGCAAUGUUUGCUCACGAGUUGAUGCAUUCAAGUUUCGUGUUUCUAACUAUGUAAGAGGAAACAAGAAUGUGGAGAAUUAAAAAUUCGCGUAAAAUAUAAUACCUCCCCUUUGAAGGAAUUCCAUCUAAUCGA